UAACAAUGGCAUUCUCAGUUUGUCUGGUGCUCUUUCUGGCCCUGCCCUUAAAGCAUGGACUUGGAUUAUUUAUCAACAGCAGCAGCAGCAACAGCAGUAACAACAGUGAACUCCUGGCCAUACUGAAUGCAACUAAUCUAUCAGUAGACUUAUUGCUCCGCAUCGAUGUGAUGACUGGAGAAAAUGCGUCGCUUACAACAACUGAGACUCCUCUUAGUCUGGAGUCCAUUAUACGAGCGGAGAUCAACAGGGAUUGGGAGCGUGGCAGGCUGGUGUUGGAUCUGGCGAGCAUGGUACGCACCGUGCAGCUGAAGCAUGCCAUAUAUGAGGCUCUAUGGCUGGAGUUGCAGCAAAUGCAGCAGAUAUACAAUCCUCUCAAGCUUCUUGAUUUCUACACUGAACUGGAGCAGUUAAGUGAUGUACCACCUCCACUGCUAGAGAAGGUAUAUCAGGCGCUGGUCCAGAGCAGUGCACAACUGCUCUCGGCACCCUUUCACGCAAGCAGCCAGUGUGCAAUCUUUCCACUAGUCACACAGUUGCUCCAGAGGCUCACCUUGAGUACCCUGGACUAUCUGAAGGACAUACUGGAGGCUCUCUUUAACGUCAUACUCGCACUGGAGUCCAAUUUGGGUGUGGUCCAACGUCUGGGCAGCUUUAGUGACAACCUCACCCAAUUAACCCAAGCCAAUCUCCAACUGCAGCAGCGCCCAGAACUCCAGCUGGAUGAGCAGGCUCACAGAGCUUUGGUGCAGAAUCUGCGCACGCUGCUGGAACAGUCCACAUUUAUUGAGGAAGUGGAAUACGCGUUGCAGCAGCAGGUCUAUGCUCAGUUACCCGAAGCUGAUCGCAUCUUGUACACCGCCCAGAAGGUCUGUUUGCGCAACGUGUCCGAUGCGUAUGGUUACAUCUACGAGUGUCCCCAAACCUAUCUGAUCUGCACCAAUGCGCACGAUCCUAGGAAGGCCUCCUACAAUUUGCAGCGUGGCCAUGGUGGACUAAACAAUAGCCUGCAAUUUGCCUUUUAUAGCUCCUACUGGAACAAUCAUUACAUCUUCCUGGAGCCGAGCAAUCAUACGGCUCCCAACGCCAUAAUAAAGAACAUUUACAGUCGGGAUGCCAUCAACUGGUGGUAUGCCGUCAUCCAAGAGGAUGGUACCAGUGUGGCUCUAUUCGAUGCAGCCACAAACAGUUCGGUUUUGUGUGGCGGAGAUCAGCAAUAUUGGGAUACCGGCGAGGAACAUGUUUAUACCCGGAAUGCUGAGGAGUUUGCCAACUAUCGCAGGGAGUGCGUCUGGAGGAUCGAAGAUUGCAGUUAUAUUGAAAAAUAAAUAUCAGCAGCAAAUCGAGCUUAUCUAUAUAAUCGAUAUAUUUCGAGAAAAUUGCAUAAUAAAAUAAUUUGUAAAUGAGAACAUUUUAAA